AUGUCACUUCCGCUACUAACUUCUGCGCCGGGAAAGGUAAUCAUUUUUGGAGAACAUUCAGCUGUGUUCAACGAGCCAGCGAUUGCAGCAAGCGUGUCUUCGUUGAGAACGUACCUGUUGAUAACCGAUAGCAGCGAUAAAGAUGCAAUUGAAUUGGAUUUUCCUGAUAUUGGCUUUGAUCAUAAGUGGUACGGGGGUGAACUUGCCAGCGUUGGAGAGGCUAUAAUCUCUGCUGCUUUGUCGAAAAAGAAUGAGUUAGGAGAGGAGCUGGUUAAGGCCCUUGAGGGACCGUUGUCGAAAUUGAAGGACAACUUGCAUUAUCAUGCCGCGUUUUGCUUUCUAUAUAUGUACUUGUGCCUUUGCGGAACCAGAACUGGUGUUAAGUUCACUGUCAAAUCGACUUCUCCAAUUGGUGCGGGGCUGGGGUCCAGUGCAUCCAUUGCUGUGUGCUUGGCUUUGGGUAUGGGUAAACUGCAAGGCCAUAUACCUGAGGAUAACAAACCACUGAGUGAAGAAGCACUUGAAUUUGUUAACAAGUGGUCAUUCAUUGGGGAAAAAUGCAUGCACGGCACUCCCUCAGGUAUCGACAAUGCUGUAGCCACGUAUGGAAGCGCAGUUCUGUUCCAAAGAAGCGAAAACGGUGAUACAAAAUUCGAAAGAAUUUUGGAUUUCCCUCAAAUGCCUAUGAUCUUGACAGAUACAAGGAUCCCAAGAUCAACAAAAGUUCUUGUAAGCGGGGUCAGGGACUUUGUAACCCGCCAACCUUCUGUGGCUCAACCCAUCUUAACGUCUAUGGGCCACUUAGCCACCAAGGGUGCGGAAAUAAUCUCAAAGCUCGACGACACUAACUACGAUGAUCUAUUAGAGCUUGUGCGUGUAAACCACGGUCUCUUGGUAGCACUUGGAGUCUCGCACCCGGGUCUCGAAGUAAUCAGGAGUUUGAGUGAUACAAUGGGAAUUGGCGCCACGAAACUCACCGGUGCUGGUGGAGGUGGGUGUGCUUUGACUUUGAUAAACAAGAAAACCCCUCCAGAAGAGAUCGAAAAAUUUAAGCGUAGCCUUGAGGAAAAUCAUAAAUACCGUACUUUCGUCACUGGAUUGGGUGGGCUAGGAUGCUGUUACGUUCCUGCAACUAAUUUUGCAGAAAGUCUUGACAAUGUCAUAAACUUGUUUCACAAAGAUUCUACGCGCGAAGAGCUGGACGCAAUGCUUCUUCCAAAGAAUGGCGGACUAGAAUGGGUUUACUAG